GCACUGUCCUUAUAAAGAUGAUGCAUUGAUGAUGAUUAACUGAGCCUUUUUCAUGAUCGCUGAGCUCCUUGAUUGCUAUCCAUGUUUGAGGAAACAGAUAACAUUUCUACUUUCUCUUAUGAUAGUAGUGAUGAGGGCGCCUCGCCCGAUGCUUUCUCUCUUUCGAAGCUUGCAGAAGCAGUCAGGACAGUUUUUCGUAUUGAUGACUGUGUUCUAGUCAAGCUUGCAGAAGGAGGGUAUCACAAGGUGUACGAAAUAUCAGCCAGUGACAAUGAAAUUCCAAGUUCUGUCGUUCGCGUUGCUGCGCUUGCAUUCCCUAGAGACAAGGUUGAAUCGGAGAUUGCCACCUUACAGUAUAUUGCUUGCAAUACCACGAUCCACACCCCACUUGUCUAUGCCUGGAAUACCGAAGACGAUAACCCGGUUGGAUUGGAGUACAUGAUUCUUGAAAAGAUCCCCGGCGUACCAGCCAAUGAGGUCUGGGAAACUUUACCAUUUGAGAAGAAACAAGCCGUAGUCCUUGAAGUCGCCGAACACAUAAUUCAGCUCUUUCGCCUUCGCUUUGAUACCGGAGGAUCUCUGUACCGUGUACCUGGAGUCGAUCAGGAAAACUUUCAUGUCGGUCCAAUUGUCAGCACACCAUUCUAUCGAGCUCUCGAUGGAAUCAUACGCUUUCCCGACUCGCCCGUUACUGGCGACGAGAUAAGGAAAUACCGAGGUCCCUUCCCUGAUCCAACCAGUUAUCUUCGCAGCUUUCUUGACGUCGAGCUCGAUCUUGUUCGACAUGAUCAAGUUAGGCGACGCCGAAUUUUACAAUAUGAGCUUGAUAAUGAUGAGGAACGUCUUGAGCAUGGUAUUCGUAUUCUGGAAAAGGCUGUACAAUUAGCCUCUGUCUAUCCUGGCGAUAUCUGUGUAUCCCGGCCCCUUACCACUCCAGGACGACCAUUUUCCUUGCGUAUGGAUGAUUUCAGACUUUCGAACAUGAUGAUUGACCCAAGCACAGGUCAUAUCACUGGUUUGUUAGAUUUUGAGGGAGCAUCUGUUGCGCCCUUGUGGGAAUGUGCAUACAUGCCUCGAUGGCUGCAAGACUAUGAGGAAUGGGACGGAACAUUUGAGGGUGGUUCUUCGUCUGAAAAGUCAUCGCUACGAAAGGUAUUUCUCGACAAGAUUGACGAGAUCGACAAAACAGGGGAGUGGAGAAGGGCUCAUGAUAACGGACGUCCGUUUCGGGAGUUUACCAAUCUGUUAAACUUUACAGUAGGUGUGUGGGCCAAUGAGGAUAUCGAAGAUUGGAUCGAUGAGCGACUGAAGUGGCACACCUGAAGGAGAAAAAAUUCCGCUCGACGGAAUUACCAAAAUUCAGUGCAACUGAAAUAUCAUGUGACCGGCGAUAUACCCG